CACAUCGCCCAGAGCCUGCCCAAGGCCAACAAAAGGACCUGCCUGGGUUCCCAAGGCUAUGGCCGGAACCGGCACCUUCAUACCAGGGCUCCACCCUCAGAAUCCUCGUUACAUCCCGGGGUACACCGGACACUGCCCGCUGCUUCGGUUCAGCAUGGGCCAGACCUAUGGGCAGGUGACUGGUCAGCUGCUGCGAGGCCCUCCUGGUCUAGCCUGGCCCCCUGCCCGUCGCUCGCUUCUGCCUCCCAUUCGGCCUCCAAGAUCUCCUGAGGUUCCCACAGGAAGCCUGCCGCCCAGGCGUGGGCCCGGACGGCUCAGCUCCAGCAUGGUCCCGGGGUACACAGGUUUUGUACCCCAGGCGCAGUUCAUCUUUGCCAAGAACUGCAGCCGGGUCUGGGCCGAGGCUCUGAAUGAUUUCACUCGGUGGAACGGGGGGCAAGGGGGCCCAGAGCUGCCACAGGGGGCCAGGGGAGCAAAAGGUACAGAGAAAGACCAGGAGCCAGAGACGGAACCGGAGCCAGAGCAGGAAGUGGAACAAGUAAGACCAAGAAGGCUGGGGGGGACUCUCAGGCUUCCCCCUACUCCAUGGAUGACAGAGACCCUCAGAAGUUCUUCAUGUCAGGCACUGCAGGAAUUUGGGCAGAAGUACUCCAGGGGCAGAGCCCAGAAGGACCCUAAGCCUCUCGGCCGACUCCCCAGGACGGCUCUUCCGUGCCACUGGCCACACCUGACAGGCUCUUCUGGUCACACAGGGUCUAAGUUCCAGUUUGGUCACACAGUUGGGCAUCUCUCCCAUGAUGCUCUGGGCUACAGCACUGUCCGGAAGCAGCUCCUGGCUGAGGGAGCUGGACCUCAGGGUCUCCCUUCCCUUCUCAUCCUACCCCAGCCGUCCUUUUGGAAGGACGAGAGACGGGGGCUCAGAGGGAGGGACCACAAAGAGAGAAUGGUUUGGAGGCUGAGCACCUUUUUUAUUAAUAGGUGUAAUAAAUAAAUAA